AUAUGUGUGACCUGUUUCAGCUAUAGACCCUAAAGUUCUCUAUUCAGAGAUAACCUUAGCAGUGUGCCGAUCUAUUGGCCACUGAUCAUAAUUGGUUGAUUUCAGUGAAAAAGUGUCUGAUCGGUGAUCGCUGAUCACUCUUGUGUUGCUGAUCGUCAAACCCGAUCACCUGUAUCUCACUUUGCAGCCUACAUGUGCAUCUGAUCUCCGCUUUCCUUCGCACUGCUCAAGCGCGCAGCAAUAAAUGCUAAACAAUGUGGUGAGGAACUUUAACACAACAGUGAAUGGAGAAGUUUGCGUGUUGUGUCGGAAAAUUACCUCGGGGGUGAAGUCAAAAUGCAUCAACAUAACAAAGCUGAUAUGGCAUUUAAAAAACAAACACUUGACGGAGUUUGGCUAUAUCGAGGCUCAAUACAGGUUAAAAAAAAAAAGACAUCCGGAGCGGCCAGACAGCAGGUUAAGCAGCGGACAACUAACCAACACUCACCCAGAAGAGCACGAUGGUCAGAAAGCUAAAGAAAUAACCCGCAAAAUAAUUCAAGCCAACGAGCUAGUGGUGUAAGACACUGGUUGUGAUCUUGCUGUUGGACCGCUGCUACGCUCUACGGGUAGUAAUAUUUCACAGACGAAGCAGCUCUCAAUCUCCACCUGGCAGUGAACUCUCACACCAAACAGCAUUCAACUAAAACAAACAACAAUAAAAAAUAUUUUACAUAUAUAACAAAACUUUUGCUAUGUUCUAACAUGAAAUAGAUCAUCUUAAAAAAAAAAAAAAUCCAUCUCUGCCUCCUCCUGGCAUUUCGCAGAAUUAUUCAGCUCAGUCAGCUCAGCAAAUCAUAGCCAGCAUUACUCAGCUAGCUAUGCUCUCAGGAAGUUUGGAUUUAGUAAGUCAGGAUUGUGUUAUGUUCUGUGUUUUUCCAUGUAUUUAUUUCGAGUUUCUGUCUCUGAGUCGCCCUGUUGUCCUGUCUUACCCUUUGAAUACUCCCUGGUGUGUCUCGUUUCCUUGAUUACUCCCUGUGUAUUUAAUCCCACCUGUGUUCCUUCUUCCUCGUCGGGUCUUCGUCUCAUUUGGCUUCUAGUUUCUGUCAUCUGUGUACCCAGUCCAUCGUGUAAACGGUUGCUACCGGCGUCGAGCCCUGGCUUCCGCUCGGCCGUGCUGCCCGUUGUUCUGAACCAUGUUGGACUGUGUUAUUCUGGACAUUUUGCAUUAAAAUCAUUUAUUUAUUGCAUCCUGGGUCUACAGCAUUCUGCCUCACCACCUCUACACCGCACUUCAUGACAGAAGAACCCAACCAGACCGUUUGGUGAGGCAGAACUACCAUUAUAACAUCAUGGACCCAGAUGGUUUAAAGGACCUAACACAAACCAUCGAGGAUUAUGUGGAGGCGGUGGUGAAACCCUGCUCUGCCUGCAGACGGCUGAGUUUCGCCACUCGUUUGGUUCUUGUUCUGGAAUACUGGGUUCCACGCCUUCCGCACCUGGGGCUGGUGGAGUUAUGGUAGGAGGCAGAGUGGGAAUGCUUGACAGCUCUGGCUGUUAUGAAUGAUGACCCUCUGCCUCCAAAACCAGAGAUCCCGUCCUUCCGUUCCACCACCUCAGCUCCGUCAACUCCGGGACCAGCACCACCAUCAGCUCCAGCCCUCGCGUCCUCCAUGCUUCCAGUCACAUCCGCAGCAGAUUUUCUGCCCCUCGACACCGCUGCAGUUCAGAGACAGCUGCCACACCUGCAGCUCCCUCGUCCCCGGAGCCGGCGCUCCCUGCAGCUCCGGCAGCUCCGGCAGCUCCAGCGUCUCCGGGACCAGCGCCUUCUCCAGCACCACCAGAGUCCCAGUGUCCAAGCCUGCACCAGCCCCUCUUCGUCCGGAGCUUGCUGCAGCCUCCAAUCCUGCCUUCACUCUCGCUGCCGCUGCUGUCCCUGCGCCUCCAGCCGCUGUUGUGUCUGCGCAUCCUGCCCCAGUAAGAGGGUCUCCGGCCCCAGUUAGUGAGUUCUCGGCCCCAGUUAGUGAGUUCUUGGCCCCAGUUAGUGGGAUCUCUGCUCCUUCUGAACUUCCUAGUCCCUCAGAGCUUCCUAGUCCCCCCUCUGAGUCCUUUAGUGCCCCUUCUGAGUCACCUAGUGUUCCUCCUGAGCUCCCUAGUCCUCCUCCUGAGCUCCCUAUGGCCCCUAGUGUUUAUAUGUGUUUGAUUUAGAUAUGACAAAAAUGGAGCAUAUAACCUCAGAAUGAGCUAGUGCCAAAACAACAAACAAAAGAAACUAUCUGAAUAAUAAUUAACUUAUCUAAC